GUGUCUGUUUGCGUCUCUACGUCAGGUCUCAAUCGGAGUUGAUUUUUUUAAAGGUUUCUCCCUGUCUGUUUUUUGUGUUUUAAUAAUUGUUUGUGGAUUUAUUUUACAUGUGUACUCGUAGCGAUCGAAAAGCAGAAUAAUAUUCACAACAACACGAAUACCUUAACAGACUGAACACUAUAUAAAAUACAUUGGCUGAAGAAAGAGAUAUCUAUAGCUAAAAUAUUGUAUAAACAAAUCAGCGGGGAAACACAGAAAGCACACACGCAGACUGGAGAAAAAUGACGGAGGAACUUUGAACCGUGAGGAGCGUGAAAAUCUUCCAACACUACAGUAGAAAGGAGGACAUAUCCCACCAGCAACAGUAGCGCUAACGAAAGAAAGUAUUCAAUAUCCCUCUGAAUCCCUCCUAUCCACUGGAGAAGCAACAAGAACCAGAGAGGCCUAAAGCAGCAGGACCCCAUAACUCGCAGUUCUCAGCAACUGGCUGAAUCUCCAAGCCGCGGCGCUGCAGCAGGAGUGGUGUCCUGGCCAGGGAAGAGGACACAGGACGCUUGGGCAGAAUUCAGACCCAUCCAGCUCUUCGGAAUGUUCUAGAGCGGACGCCCGACCCCUUUGACUUUUUCCGUCUGGAUUGAGCCAGCCCUUCUUCAUUGCCUCCCCUCCCCCCACCCCCUGCCCCCCUGCCCCUGAACCAUGUGAGGGACCCCCGCCUCUCGAGCAGUGGGGUAUCCGAGCGUUGUUCUGGGAACACUGCCACCUGCUGGUGGGUGGGGCGCGACUCGGGAGCGACUCCCGUGUGUAGACCAGGAGUCUACGCCCCCCCCCUUGUGUGCUCCCCUCCCCCCACUCCACCCCCCUGUUGCGUACCCCCACCACACCCCACACCCCCCCGAGGGGGACCAACCAUGAUGUUCCGAGACCAGGUGGGCAUCCUGACGGACUGGUUCAAGGGCUGGAACGAGUGUGAGCAGACGGUGGCGCUGCUGUCCCUGCUGAAGAGGGUGACUCGCACCCAGGCCCGCUUCCUCCACAUCUGCCUGGAGCAUUCGCUGGCCGACUGCACCGAGAUACACAUCCUAGAGGCCGAAGCCAACAACGCAGCCAUCGUCAGCCAGUGGAACCAGGAGCCCAAGGAGAAGGUGGUGUCCCUGCUGCUGUCGCACCUCCCCCUGCUGCAGCCACGCAACAGUGAGGCCAAGUGCCAGUACAUGAAGCUCCUGCAGAAGGUCCUGAGCCACACCAUCGAGAGCAGCCUGUUCGUGGAGGAGAGCCGCCAGCUGCUGUCCUACGCCCUCAUCCACCCGGCCACCACCCUGGAGGACCGCACCUCCCUGGCCAUGUGGCUCAACCACCUGGAAGAGCACCUGUCCAGCGGCUACACAGCCAGCACCCGGCCCCCCGUCGGGCCCUAUCACCCCCGCCAGGGCUCGGACGAGUGGCCCGGGCCCACCGACACCCUUGACGCCCACGCCUGGCCGGACAAGCCCCCCUCUUCCUCCUCCUCUACGGCGGGACAGAAUGGGCACCUGUCCUUCCACGGGCCAGGCGGAAUGCCUUCCCCCAUCAACAGCAUCGCCACUGGAACCAACACAGUGCUGUCCAGCCAGAUCCACCCCAGCCCGCUGAAGAGGGCAAUGUCCCUAAUCCCCUCCAGCCCCCAGGCCUGCGGCACCGAGUGGCCCAGUCAGGAAGACCUCGGGGGACGGCCGGGCUUCCUGCCCCCGGACCACGCCCCGCUGUCCCCCCAAAGCAGCGUGGCGUCCUCGGGCAGCGAGCAGACGGAGGAGCAGGGCGCGUCCCGCAACACCUUCCAUGAAGAAGGAAGCGGCAUGAAAGAUGUCCCCACUUGGCUGAAGAGUCUCCGCCUUCACAAAUAUGCUUCGCUGUUCUCUCAGCUGACGUAUGAGGAGAUGAUGAUUCUGACUGAGCAGCACCUGGAGUCACAGAAUGUUACGAAAGGAGCCCGGCACAAGAUCGCCCUGAGCAUCCAGAAGCUGAGGGAGAGACAGAGCGUGCUGAAGUCCUUAGAGAAGGACAUCUUAGAGGGAGGGAACCUGCGCAGUGCUCUGCAGGAGCUCCAGCAAAUCAUCAUCACUCCCAUCAAGGCCUACAGCCUGCCCACCACUGCCCAGAAGGAGGCGGAGCCUAACGCUCCGCCCACCGAUAAGAGCACCAAGCCCGGGGAAGACAAAGACGCAGCAGCCGCCACCGAGAGCUUCCAAACCCACAACCCCCCUCCCUGUGACGGAGAGCCCUCGUCCACGCCCAUCUCGGAUGGAGACAUUGCCGGCCAGUUUACCCGCGUCAUGGGCAAAGUGUGCACUCAGCUGCUGGUGUCCAGACCAGAUGAGGAGAACAUCAACUGCUACCUUCAGCUCAUUGAAAAGUGUCUGGCGCAUGAGGCCUUCACAGAGACGCAGAAGAAGAGGCUGGUGUCCUGGAAGCAGCAGAUGUUGAAGCUUCUCCGCCUGUUCCCUCGGAAGUCAAUGCUGGACGUGCCUGUGUACCGGCAGAAAGGCUGGGCCUAUGGCUCCAACUCCCUCCCUACAGCUGGCUCUGUGGGGGGGGGCCUGGGACGCAGGGGCCAGAGGCAGUUCCAGAUGCCCCCUCGCGGCCUCCCCCCGAGCAGGAUGGGACUGAUGAGCCCGGGGGGCAUUGGGGGUGCCUCUCCCCGCCAUACCCUCACCAGCCCAGCCCUGGGAGCCCAAGGCCGACAGAACCUGUGGUUUGCCAACCCCGGCGGUAGCAACAGCAUGCCCAGCCAGAACCGCAGCUCUGUGCAGAGGACCCACUCGCUGCCCGUCCACACCUCUCCACAGACCAUGCUCCUGUUUCAGCAGCCAGAAUGCCAAGUUCCAGGCACGGACCUCGAGAUCAACCCCACGCUGGAGUCGCUGUGCCUCAGUAUGACAGAGCAUGCCUUAGGGGAUGGAAUGGACAGAACAUCGACAAUAUGAAAAUAAAACAAAUAAUCAAUUUAAAAAAAAGACCUACACUUUAUAACUGAAUCCUGAUCAGCUCUCUGGGGCUGUAGGACAGAAAUCAACAUAAACAUAAUGGUCACUACAAAAAUACAAACUAACUGUGUAUAUGUUCUCUGAUAUUUUUCUACUUUAUUAUACUUAACUAAGGUUUAUUAUAAAUGGAAUACAGAUUACUAUGAUAUUAUGUGAGAGAAAAAAAGAAUUGCAGGAGAGUUUGAAUGCUGAAUUGUUUAGUUUUCCAACCUGCUCAGUGUCUCCCUCUGCAGGCCCCCGAUGACGUAAUGAGAAAGGCCGCGGGUAGCGGGGAGGGCUGGUGCCAGUCAUUUACCGCUGGGUCACUGCUGACACUGAGGCUGAGAUCUGUCAGAGAAAGGGAGGAUUGGUGCUGACAUUAGGGCGUUGUUCCCAAAAAUGUUCCUUCCUUUUCAUCCCAGCACGUAGUCAAAGUGCAUGGAGAAGUGAGUAACCUCUCGGUGGGAGUGGGACGCAAUCCCCAUGCACAGAGCGCACCCGUGCAUUCUGGGAAAUUAUCUGAAGAGCCCAGCCAUGCGCUUUUAAGCUUCCCGCAACCUCUAUCCCCCAUGAGAAAGACAGGGAAAGAGAGGUCUGAUUUACUUCUGUCUUAUUGACUAGUGUUUGCGGGUGGUUUUGGAAACCUAUAAAAAACAAUGUAGGUUUCAACUCUCAAUUAUGAGGGCUAUCACAAAUUAAAAAGAAAAAAGUUUAAAAAAAUUUAAAAAAUUAAAAAUCUGCCGCUGUCAGACUUUUGUUGUUUAGAACCCAGACUUUAAGGAGGAAAAAAUGAGAAAACGUUAAAAAAAGCAAAUCACUUGUUUUAUAUCCCCUCCCCUCCCUGGAUUUUGAUAAGGGCUGGUGAAAUUUAAACCAUUUAAAAAUAAGUGUGACUGUCUCAUUGACAGGAUUGACAGGUUUAUUUAGCUUAUAUACAUUGGAGAAAAAAAAAAAUCUAAGUGGUGAUCCUGCACUUUUUUGAUAGGGAAACGAGCAAAAUAAAUACACUCUAUACCCUCUGCCCUAUUUCUGUUGCUAAGAGUGAUUGAAAAUGAAGCUGUUUUUUUUCUGCCGGUCGGAAUUGAAUGCGCAGGCCUCUCCACUCCCUUGUUUUCUGUCAAAGGCUAGCACCCUGGUUUGAUGAAUCAAGGCUGUUUAAUAUGCAUAGAUGUCCCUUUCUUAUGUGACACUUCGGACCAACGGUUUUACGUUCAGAUCAUCAUGGAUUAUUGGUGUUUUCGAUAAGCAGCAGUUUUGUCGUAAGUGGUAAAAUGUCUAACUGUGUUCGAGGAAUAGUGUGUCCACGUCUGUGUCGAUUGGGUGUUGGUAAUCCGAUUAUUAAUAAUUUUGCUUUGUAAUUCAAAACUGGGAUUUCCUUUAGUUUGGGUGCUUGCAGCUUAGAUCUUUGUUGGAGUGUCCAUUUAUGAACUUUGCAGCGGGUCGUAUCCAUCAUUUCUAAUACCAGUACUUUACAGAAAAUGUUUUUGACCCAAAGGGUGCAGUGGCGAUUGAUUCUGCCUGUACAUCCAAAUGUGGUUCAUGGGUACGUGUUUCUCCAAAGCCCCCAGUUAUCAGAUACGUGGUGAAACCAAGCCACUACUGUGCUGGGUGCCUUUUUGGAUGCUCUCGGGCGUGCUGAACGGGCAUCUUCCCUGGCAAGGUGGGCUGAUCCGCUUCAGCAGCAGCGGAGUGGGGGCAUGGCCACGUGUCGUUCCAAGCCAAUGACAGGACAGGAAAGGGGAACGUGCAAACAGAGGAAGCGUGUCCAAACAGCAGUUUAUUGUCUGGGCCAAAGGGGAUCACUGUCCGGAGAGACAGAGCAGCCUUUUUGAAAUGUGCGUUCCGGCUUCUGAUCAUGCAGCAGGUCUUGGUGUCGGGCCUUUACAGAGUGGAACGUGGAUUUUGUCUUUUGGGUUUUUUGGGGUGGUGUCUGUCCUGGGAAUAGUGUCUCCUCAUUUCUCCAGAUGUAUGGGUGCUGUUGUUGGUUAACUCAGCUUUUUCAUCAGUCCUUGUGUGAAAUGGUGAGAAGGAUGAAUAAGAAGAGGAGAACUUAUUAGUGCUGUCCACUGAGGCUUUGUCAUUUCUUGGGUAGUGUGGGCACGCUGCAGUAUACACCAUUCCAAGUGGGCUGAGCUGUUCCUUCAGGAUCCGCUUGGCGAGCUCUCAAACCCAAGGCACUCAUGUGUUUGCUGAUGUCCAGGAAAACCCACACUCUGUCUUUGUGUUGAAAUUGCUAUCACUGUAUUAGUCUUCAGGAAGACAAAUUGAAACAGUCUGUCAAUUUGAGUUUAUGUCCAAUGCCGUUGAGCGCGAAUGGUGAAGGACUAAAGCACCAGGCAGGUACACCCUUGAAGAGCACCUAGUGUUGCCUAAAAAAGGGAAAUGUGGGUGACGGUAGAGGCCGCAUCAUGGAUUCAGUCUGCACUUAGGCAUGUCCUCCUUAGAGUGUAAAAAUGCCCCUUUUACUUUUAAGUGGUUUCAAACGGUGGUCUUGAAGGUCAAAAGAAUGCCAUUGGCCAAAGUCAGUAUGAAUAUUGAAUUAAAAUUUCGUAAAAUAUUGGUUAUUUGUCAGCUAAGAACCAAGUACCGUUUAAGUCUGUUCAUCCACACUACAGCUCUGCCAAGGACAGUGUAUCUGGACUGAUAAGCCCAAUCUGUUCCCAACAAAAAACCAGCCUUCAUUCAAUGUAAUUCAAUAUAAAUGGCACUUAAAGAUAGCUGGCCAUGCGGUAAACUACAGUCAACAAGUGGGAGAGAGCGUAACAGAGUUGCUGUUCUAGCUCUUUGAGGGAACCUCCAUCACAUUGACGUCUUGGCUGAAAUUGGGUGGUUGGGAUUUUCACAAAUUGUCAGAGCACGGCCAAUCGGGUGGUUGGGAUUUUCACAAAUUGCCGGAGCACAGCCAAUCGGGUGGUUAGGAUUUUCACAGAUUGCCGAAGUACGGCGACAAGACAUUGCCAUGGUGUCAAAUUCCACCGCUCCCUUGACCACGCUGUUUGGAUGUUUUCACUCUGAGAUCUUACACGUUAUACCAUUUGCUGUGUUAGAGCCGUUAAGUCACUCGCUGUUGGGUACGGAUGGCUGUGGCCCUGGGGGCUCCACUCCUCUAUGCUGGUGUUGCUUUUAGGAAUUUUGCUCAUUUUUCUCAGGACCCUGGCAAUGGAAAUGCAUGUUCAUAGAUUAGGUGUUGAUUAAUCCCUGUGAUUACUUUCUGCCUUUGUCCAGUAGAUUUGAUUUUUGAUUUGCCUGAGUUGGUGCUAAUUGAGAGGCAGGUGUCUCUUUGGCUUUUAGGUGUUUUGUGUUUUUCUAGGUUGUUCAAAACGGCUACAUAGACUGACCCUGAAGCGAAGUCCCAUCCUCUGCGUGUGCUUGGUUGGUCUGUCUCUCUAGUGCCCUAUGCUGUUCCGUAUUCACUCUGCAGGCCACAGAGAGAAACGAUAUUUAACUGUCCUCAACCGUGCCUUUGUUACCGUGACACCACGUCUGGUCACUUGGAGACUUUUUCACCUGGCAGGCACUUAGACCCUGAGAUUGAUCUGGAGCAGGCUCCUCCCACUCUUCUGGUUGUUUCAAGGAUGGAUGUAGACUGAUACUGGGUCAAAUGUGGUGUACGUCCAUUCUCCACACUCAAAUUCUGCAAACUCCUGAACAUUCUACUCUUAAAGCAGCUGAAAGACAUUAGUCUGUGUAAGGAGCAUUGAGGCAAACUGAUUGAAAACAUUGAUUUAUUUUGUUGUUUUCACACAUGCUUUAUCUGCAUUAUUUACCUUAUCACUGGUUUUGACUUCUGGUUUUGACCAGAAGCAUUUGAGCUGUCCCAUUAGAACUUCAUUGUGGUGUGUUCCCGGUGUCCUUUGACCAUAGACAGUAGUUAAGUUAGUCUAGUAACUUGCAGCGCAGAAUUGAGGUUUUGUUUGGUUUUUUGUCUUUGAGGUAAUCUAAGACUGGAACUUGAAUUAGAUGUUGAAUUUGAGACAAAACUCAUGCUUGUUUCAAACCUUAAUGAGUAUUAUAUUUAGCUAACAAAAGAAAACUAUGCACUUGAUUUUUAAUGAGACCCCACUGUUGCUUGGUAAACGACACUAAAUGUGAACACUACUGACCCUGUGUGAGCACGGUCUGCUGAACAGUCGGGUCAGAAACUGUCAGAAACCAUUAUUCCCUGUCAGAAGUUUGUACCGGUGAACAGGCCUUAAGAAAUGCACAUCCAGUAUCGUCUGUGCUACUGUAGCUUUAAGUGUACAGAUCCUUUGCUGUUGGUUUUUCAUGGUGUGAGAGGGACAGUUUCAUGGAACGUUGAUCUUUUUCCAAAGGUACGAUCAGCAUGAAAUCCAAGGCAGCACAUAAAAGUAAAGCCUCGGGCUUGCAUUCGUGUUAAAUCCCAAAGUUCUUCUUUCAGCAGAAAAUUCCAGAAGUUUUUUUUUCCCCUCAGUCAUUUCCUCUGCAGCAUUACGUGUUAAGGCAUGACUGAUGUCUGGGUAAAAUGGAAGGUGAAAUUGGGAAAUGGAAAGCAUUCAGUUCGGGGCAGGACACAUUGAUAUUGCACUGAAUGCAGGUCCUGGGCAAGACUUUAAUUAGCUCAGCUCGACCAUAUCCACUUAGCCAUAUAAUAUUAAAUUAUGCACAUAGCUAUUCAUUGGUGUUUUAUUGGUUCCUCCUGACGUAGGCAUGUAUCUUCAUGCAUUCUUUUGGGUGUAUGUUGAUUAGGCUGGUCCCUACAUAACAUUGUGGGAUCUGCUCCAAAGUUGAAAGAAAGAAAACUUGACAGCCAGUUGUUUUUGCACCAUUGUUUCCGAAGGUUUUAACUGGUAAGCUUUGAUUCGUACAAUCUCCGAUUUUCUGAAGUGUGAAUUCAGAAGAAUAAAUGCAUUUAAGCAUGCAUUCAGAAGAACAAAUAUGUAUGAUGCAGGAGUGCAUUUGCGUUUGCUUCAUUUGCUUCGUUUGAUCAGUAAUCCUGAGUUCCCUUCUCCAUUCCUGAUGUUUCUGCUGAUCGGAUCAGUUUAGUCCCUUUAUUGCUUUUCAGGAUCAUUUUCAUGGUAUUUCAGUCACCAGCUUUGAAGAACUAUGUGUUGUCACUGGAACAUGCGGCUGCUUCAAAGUAAACUUAUCUUACUGCGUUUAUUGGUUUUUGUUUCCCCAUUUUGGCUCUGGUUGUGUCGACCGAUGGAGUGCAGGUAGGAGUUCCUUCUCUGUUGAACCAUGACUCCGUCCUGAGGCGGAAGAGGCCACUUAGAGGGGUGAAAUAGGCGCUCUCUCGGUUCCUCCGGCUGAAUUCCUCUGUUAAGUUUGGUCUCGGUUCCAAGAAGCCAGCAGCGCUUUUAGACGUGGCGCCAACACACUCACCGCCUUGCCUUUUUAAACCGGUGUCCACCAGGACACCCUACUCAAACGGAGUGGAGUUUUGCACGGCGACUCAAACUGAAAAAGGCCUGUAUUGCCCACCCUCCCUUUUUGUCCACGACUUCUGAAACGUAUCUUUUUUCCGCACCCUGUCACACAGCGGCCGUGUUGUCGGCUUCGUAGCGUUUCUCAUUGGAGAGAAAGCAACUGAAAAAAUGCGAGGAAAUUUUAGAGUACUAGAGCUACCUCAAAUGACACUGUUCACUUUUUAAAGCUGGCCACAGCCCGUAAGAGAUCACUACCAAACGCAGCAGGGAGAAGGAAGCUGGUCUGGCUGGAAUAUAUGCAUGCUAAGUACUCGGCCUUUCACAGAAAUACUGAGGCUACCCAACUAACCAGUGCAGAGGAAACCUUGCAGAUAGUAACUGGCCCAGUGGUUGUCACAGCAGACUUCCACAGUCGAUUUACAGUGGCUAUACUAAACUAUUUAUUUCUACAAAUUGAAAAGAAAAAUAAAUAAGGGGUGGGUCCCCUUAUUAAAAUAGAUGUUAUUUUAGAUACAUUUUAUUAUGAAUAGCGUUUGUUAUUGCUAUGGCGGGUAACCAUGACAACAUUAUGAAAUCUAUGGUGUAGUUGACUGGUUUGUUAUCGCUUUGCCAUUGCUUUGCUUUGUAAAAGCGAAUGAGCAUACAGGUGUUAGUGAUUGUUUAGUUGGUUAUUUUCGUGUUUUCAUGUUAAGAGCUGUGCUUAUUUUAUCGUUUUAUUUUGUUAAUGUUUGUAUUGAUGUGAGGUAAAGAACCAUCACCCCUCAGUGAAUCUGCUUUUCACAUUUGACACUAAUGCAUCUACUUAGAAUGAGAGAACCCCGCCUCAUGUGGUAAAAGGGUUAGAAAAAACAUUUUCUUAAAUAAAUUUGUGUUUAGCUUGAUGCUGCAUUUGUCUGGCAUGAUCAGACAUCUUUGGAUUGGCUGAGAAUCGUGUAGAACAUCACAAGAGGGAAUUUUAGUCUCACAGGUAUGACGAUAGGUAGUGUUAGUCACACAGGUAUGACGAUAGGUAAUGUUGGUCAGACAGGUAUGAUGAUAGGUAGUGGUAGUCACACAGGGUUGACUUGAGUGCGGGUAAUGUUAGUCACACAGGUAUGACUGUAGUCCAACUUUUUUGGCCACAUGAGGACAGUUGAAAACUGGAAACUUUAUUUUGAGAAGUUACUUUUUGUGCACGUUUCUCUCACCGUCAUCUUCAUUCAGACAGUUUAACACAAGGUGCCCAAAUUCCUACAGCAUAUUCAGGAAAACUGCAGGAAAAAGCAGGAAAACUGAUAUAGGCUGGGAAAGGGACCUUAACCAUGAGCCAUUAGAAUUGCUCAUAAGAACGUAAGGCUUGGGUGCUCUCCAUUUCCAACAGUGGGACAGUUGGCUGCGAUUGCAGAAAUGCAUGUUUGGGCCCAUUUAGUAAAUACUUCCCUUUAUUUGGUUGCUUUAUUUCUCAUUUGGAAUCAAAUUAAGCGAUUGUGCUUCCUGACUCUUUACACACACAGACACACACACACACGCUGUUAGAUGCAUCUCAAGUUGCAGGCAGCUGGGAGCUCAGCUUACACUUUAAAGAAAAUAUCUGUAAAAGCUUCACAUACCAGCUUCCCAAGCUUCAUGGAGCAUCAAAGCACCCAUUCUGUCCUCCCAUUCACCAUUUCUAUUCUCUCUUUAGCCGGAGAGGGUUGGUAACCAUCUACUGUUUUAAGUGUCUUGAACACUUUCUUGUGCUUGUUAGACGUCUCAUCGAGGCUCAUUAUGGUGUGUUCCUCACCUUGUCUCAUUUCCAUCUAGUGUGUUUCUUCAGUGCCUCUGUAACCCUUUGUCCUCAAUAGGAGGUUGUUUGUGAUUUUGAAGGUAAAUACGAGGCCUGACUAAAUGCAGCCGAAAGCCUGAUUUGAAAUGAACUGCGGAGUGAAAUCUGUUUCCAGUGGAGGGGAAACGAUGCGCAGCACCCAAAGCCGUUGGGUUUCAGCUGACCAAAGAGUGGACAGAUACAGAGCCCUUUGUCAAGCUAUUCCAGAGGGGGAGGAUCCAGCCAUGCAGUGCGGGGGUGGGCUGGGGGGAGGGCGGGCGGGCGGGCGGCUGACGCUAAACGUUAACACUGCAUAGUGACCCACCCCCACCCCCCACCCCCCACGUGUAAAUGCAGCUUUGUGUUUGUGAUUUGUACUGGCUACAGGUGCACAGCUCUGUCUUAUCUUUAAUAAUUAUUUGUAUACUUUACUGCUGCAUGCAUAAGAGAGAGAGUGAAAAAAAAGAAAAAUUCCAACCUGUUAAUGCAAAUGUGGCUGUGCCUUUUCCUGUGUUUUUGUAUUAUUAUUGUUAUUAUUAUUAUUAUUAUUAUUUUGGGUCCCUGAUAAGAAAAGAAAUGAGGUGUGUGGAAGAGAAGGAUCAGGGAAGGGGGAAGUGACUGGGCCAAUUGGAACUGAAAUAAGCUAAAGCGCCGCCCGGCCCGUGUGCCGCAGACCACGCCACCGCCAGCCCCCAGAAGGACUACACGUCUCCGCCUCCACGUGGGCGGGAGCGGAGAGGCCCCGCCUCCAGAGGAGCAUGCUGGGAACUGUUCACAGCUGGAUUUACUGGGGAACAGGACCCAGGUGCCCUCAAACCCGGUCCAGGCCCCUCACCCACUGGACUCUCUCAAACGGACCCGCUCAAAAGGUCUUCUUCCUUCCACCAGGUUCCACGGACCUUUAUUUGUUUUUGUUUGUUUUUUUCCUCCCCCCUUUCUUUUCAUUUGUUCUUGUCACCGGCCAUUAAGCACUGAAAAAUUGACACGGUACUGGAGGUGUGCAUUUUGGCCUGUGCUCUGAAGUCUGCUGUCUUUUUAUUGGUUUGCAUUUGCCCCUGCUGCCCCCGGCGACCGGUCCAUCGGAACCCGGCACCUGGGGGGCACGCAGAGCAGACAGGCGGUUUUUUGGAAGAGAAACUAAGACCUACAACUGUGAUCCUCACGCUUGGGAGAAAAGUACACCAGAUCUGCAUUUGGUGUUGGCCAGAUUCUGUUUUUCUGUCAUUACCUUUUAAAUUUGGUACUGAUGUUUCUCUCCUGUGUGUUAAGAAAGAGAUGCAUUACAGACAGACUCUCACAAGGCAGCAUUACCAGCCUUGAAUAGUGGGAAGUGGAACCUUUUAUUAUUGUUAUUAAUAUUAUCAUUGUCAUUGUUCUAAUUAUUUACUAUUAUUUAACACGCAUAUGUUACUUUGAAAGGGAGGGGAGAGGUCAUGUUUUGUUUCUUUUUUAUUGUCCUUCCCUGAUAUGCUAGUUACAUGAAUGGAAAUGAAAAAUCUAAAGGUUUUUAUUAAAAUUGUUCAUGUUUUGCUGGUUUAUGAAGUCUGAAAUAUUAUUUUGAGGAAAUUCAUACCUUUGUUAUAAUACAUUUAAAAAAAUCUU